AUGCCGACCGAGUUAAAUUUGAGCUCCUCCUUCAAGCCUCCAGGUACUCCCGGGAGCGAAUUCGUUGCCGAUAUCGAUUCCUCGGGGACGUCAUGGACGUCCAGUUUUGAGGAGACUUCCACGAUGGCCACUUCAACAGGGGCCGUUGCAACUCCUUCGGUUGGGAAUAAUCAUACUACAAGUACCGAUAUUUCACUCGGGCAGCGAAUGAUUUCUGCCUCGGCUGGUAAUAUCUUGACCGGGCUCCUCGUUACACCUCUCGAUGUCGUGCGCGUUCGUCUACAAUCUCAAUCUCAACCACAACCUUCUGCGGCCUCACAAUACACCACCCAUACUACUCGAUCCUUAAAGAACCUCCCUCCGAAUAUUGGAAUCACCGCCUGUUGUCGGGAAGUAUUCUGGGUUGGAGAUAAUGCGCAAAUGUGUAUGCUGGGCCCUCAAGGCAGUUCUAUUGGAAGUCAGGCACAUCCAGCUAUAGACUGCGCGGUUGAGGAGACACAGCGACGGACAUUUACAUCAACAUUGGAUGGGUUACGGAAGAUUGCUAGGAAUGAAGGAGUGUCCACAUUAUGGCGAGGCCUUAGCCCGACGUUAAUGAUGGGUAUUCCCGCGAACAUUAUUUAUUUCGCCGGAUAUGACUGGUUACGAUUUGAUGAGAACAGUCCCGUGCGAAAAACAAUUCCAGAUGUUUAUGUGCCAUUUGUCGGAGGCGCCAUCGCGCGGACAACGGCAGCAGCAGCUACCAGUCCUGUCGAGAUGUUCCGCACCCGCCUCCAGGCUACCCCAGGAACGGGCGCAGGACAUUUCAAAGCGACUCUGCAGGGAUUACACCAAAUGACUAAAGUCAACGGAUACGCGUCUCUCUGGCGUGGACUGUCGCUGACGAUGUGGCGUGACGUUCCGUUUUCUGGUCUCUACUGGUGGGGAUAUGAAAAGAUAAAGCUCAGCCUGGAGUCAGCACGCCAACACACAACUGUCACAGCGAUCGAGGCUGAAGUUCCCUCUUCUGCGACCGCAUUCCUGGAUAGCUUUAUUGCUGGUGCCGCCUCGGGGUCUGUGGCUGCUUUAGUAACUACACCAUUUGAUGUUGGCAAGACGCGACAGCAAGUCUAUUUGCACAUGGACCAUGUGCCUAGUAAUGGUCAGCGAUCUGCUAAUAUUCCCAAGGCCGUUAUUCCUGAGCAACUAUCACUCCCCAAGUUCCUCAUGCACAUUUUCCGAGAGGAAGGCACUGCUGGACUCUUCCGCGGCUGGUCAGCACGAUGUCUUAAGGUUGCGCCAGCCUGCGCGAUCAUGAUUUCAACAUACGAACUUGGCAAGCGUAUGGCCCGAGAGGUUAAUGAACGACGACACGAGGCUUGA